UUCAUGGUAUCAAGAGCCUUCAUUCUCUAAAGAGCUCAAGUUUUUUUUUUCUCCCUUCCGAUCCAUCUAUGGCUACUAUCACCCCCACCACGCCGGUUGUUUCCCUCACGGCAUCAACCCAUUUUCCUAUCAAACUCACCAAUUCAAAUUUUCCCGUGUGGAAGUGUCAAGUACACUCCGCCCUUGUUGGUCUCGGUUUAGAUGCAUAUGUUGAUGGCUCUCUCUCUGCGCCUGAUCAAUACAUGGAUACUACCAAAACACAAAUUAAUCCCUGUUACACCAUUUGGUACCGCCAAGACAAAACUAUCGUUAGUGCACUCCUUGGCAGUUGCACCGAUACUAUCCAGCCGCUACUUUCAUCGGCCGCCACCUCCCGUCAAGCGUGGGAAAAAUUGGCACUUACAUAUGCCAGCACUUCUCGUGGCCGUAUCAUUUCCCUCAAAACCACGUUAGCACGCACCACGAAGGGAAACCGGUCCGUUACCGAAUAUCUUGCUGAAAUGUAUGCCCUCUCUGAGGCUCUUGCUCUUGCUCAAUGUCCGCAAUCCGAGGAAGAUUUGGUCAUUAGCAUUCUUAAUGGUCUUGGACCUGAUUAUAGUGAAAUUAUCUCUGCAAUUCGAGUCCGUGAGACUCCCCUGCCUCUUACCCAAUUACAAGAUAUAUUGCUGGAGCAGGAAACCAAGCAGCGUGACGUCGCUAAUGCUACUGCCUCUCUCAUUCCCACGGUCAACGCAACCCAUGCAGUUGACCGAGCUGGAGACCGCCGCCCUUUUCCAUCAGGGGAUCGUCGCUCGUCAUCCACCAGAAGAGGACGUGGAGGCUAUUCAGGAGCUCAUACACGCUCCCACUCAAAUAUGAUCACUUGCCGUUUUUGUGAUAAUGUAGGCCAUGAUGUCAAGGCUUGCCGCAAAUUACAACGAUUUCUUCGGGAUCACCAAGUGCCAUAUUCGUCCACUCCGAUGGUUAACAAUACAUCGGUGCACUCACCCGGCCCUACUGGUCAACCAUGGCUCUUUGACAGUGGAGCGUCUCAUCAUGUUGCCUCGGAUGCAUCCAUUCUCCCAUCCUAUACAGAUUAUGGCGGUCCAGAGGAGGUCCGUCUUGGCGAUGGAUCGAGUCACGGGGGCGCCAAUAAUGCGGGGAGAGAAUCAUCAUGAUGUCUACUACGCACCCUCCAUUCCUCCAUCUCAAGCAAAUGUUACUCAAGUGUCCGUGUCACCCAAUUGGCAUCACAUCUUUGGGCAUCCCUCACAUCGUGUCUUUUCUAUUUUAGCUAGUCAAAAUAAAUCUCAGUUUCAAUGUAAUCUUGUUGAUGAGUCUCAUUGUAACUCUUGCUUUAUCAAUAAAAGUACAAAGCUGCCAUUUU